AUGACGCCAUAUACAUCUGGCAGUAACUGGAUAGCUUAUAAGUUGCCGCUCACUGAAGACCAAGGAUACUCGAUUUACGUGAAACCGAAUGUCAGCCUUCAGCUGCAGUUAGCAUGUAAGGGAAGCGUCAACAAUGUGGGACACCGAAUGACGUUUGCUGAACCGUCCUGCCAAUGGUACCAGCACAAUGAAACGGAAAAGCAAAACUUCUCUGCACUGCCAGUGUCCAAUAUAAGCAAUUCAUGCUACCUUAAAGUGCAGUUGUUUGCUACCGAAACAACGGCUAAUCUGCAGUGCCAGUACUUUGAUUAUAAUGAGCGACUGAAGAGGACAUCAUUCGAUUUUUAUGUCAUCGAACCACUAUACUGGCAAGAGGAACCCUACACAAAGUUAACACCAAGAACAAUCAGUUUCCACUGCCCAAUUUUUACCACCAUCCCUGGAGCGUGUACUACGUGGUUCAUACGAGACCGUCCGUUUUCAGAACUGCAGGCCGGUAAACACGGUUGUGUCCAAUCUGGAUAUAACCUUACGUGUUCCACUAAAACUGCUAUGGAGCUCCUCCCGGUCACGUGUGUUGCUAACACAUCCUUAGAAUCUCUUAAUUACACGUUUCACCAAGAGACUUUCGAUGUCGCUGCUAACUGCACCUGCAAGACGUGGCCGGCCAAGUGUUUAAACGCUGUAAAUGACACCGACACGAUUGCCAUCGAAAACCGCACUCGUAACAACAGCAUUAACCAGCAUGGGUACAAUAAACCACUGACAAUGGACUUCAAAGCAUCUAGUGGCACAAACACCGACCAUCCCAAUGUUGCAAUGGCUACCAGUGCGGCCGCCAGACCCUCGGACCAUGCCGAAGUGGAUAUCGGUCUGGCUGUCGGGUUGAGCGUUGGUUGUCUAGCCCUCAUUGGCAUUGUCGCAGGUGCCGCCUUUUACAUUCACAGGCGUACCGCGUCAGUGGAUUUAUUGGAUAUUCGUGACGCUGACUUAAAUUACGUCGUUUUGCAUAAAUUGAGCUGCAAUGUUACGCGCGCAGUUACAUAA